AUGUUAUUCUUUUCCUUCCUCUUACAUUUCUACGACUACUUUCCUUAGCCUUCUGAGCAUAUUCCUAUCAUCAUCCUCUUUAUCCGUACUAUAUUUUUUCGUCAAAGACUUUGAGAAAUGGGUGGAAUGCCGACAGAAAAUACUUCGUCUGCCUUAGCUUUCCCAGGGUCGCAGCCAAAUCAAGGAUCAGCGGUCACUACUGCACCUAGCCUGGAUACAAAGCCGAAGAAGAAGAUCUGCUGUGCUUGCCCGGAUACUAAGAAGCUGCGUGAUGAAUGCAUUGUGGAGCAUGGUCAAGAUGCUUGCACAAAAUGGAUCGAUGCUCAUCUCAAGUGCCUUCGUGCAGAGGGCUUCAAUGUUUGAGAUUGCUAGAGAUGGUUAAGAUAAUAAAUUGAACAUUAACCAGUUUUGAAAGAAUACAUUUGUUUUAGGUUUACAACAUACAAGAAGAUAAUAUCUGAAAGUUUGAAAAUAAUGCAUGGAGAGCUUCUGUUUACCAUUAGAUGCAAUCAUUUUACUUGUAUUUUCUUUUUUUGGUAGAUUGCAGUCUUAAAUUUAUAAAGUGCAGUACACAUUGGUUGAUAAGUUA